GCGAGAGAGCGAGAUGCGAAGUGACCUGGCUUUGCCUUUGACAGAUCUUGAGCUUUGGGGCUGCUGGCUCACGACUUUGGCGUGCACGGGAACAUUUCUAAAGACACGUUCGGUCGGGUGAUAUGCUAUGACAUGACUCGUGAUUGUGGGAUCAUCAACAGCGAGUUGACGAGAGACCCGCACUCCACACAGCAGCAUUGCGGAUUCGUGCGCGCCACGGGGUAGGAUGCAAUAUGCGAUUUGCGUUGAUACAGAACAGGAUGCCCGUCUCCGUCUCUUGCGCUGCAGGUGGGAUUUUGGCCAGCGGGCCUUUUUCGGCUGAAGUUGCAAUGACUCGGACUCGGCCUCUUGUACCGCUCCCAUGCCAGAGACGACCGUUUCUACAUGCAUCUCGUCGUCAGCGCGGCAAAGGGCACGGCGAGCUCAUCGACAGGCUGUACAACUCUUUGAUUGUCGUUGGCCUCGUUGUGCUCGUUGACAGCCGUGUGCUAGACGUGUUUGAGACCGUUCCUCUAUUUUCCCUCCGGCUGUGUCCUUUGUUUGCAUUGGCAGGGGUAGAUUCACCAAACACGCUGACGAUGAAGACGCGGCGAAGAUUAAUCUCCUACCGUCUGUGGGGCCAUGCGCUUGUUCUGAAUCUGCAGGUCCAGGCACGUACAUCUCUAACUCUCUGCCUAGUCGUCUUGAAUCAGUCAGACUACACCAGCUUGGUCGUCUUGAAUCAGUCAGACUACACCAACUUGGUCGUCUUGAAUCAGUCAGACUACACCAACUUACUCUACCUCCUUAAUGCAGCUUUGUCCUCAAUCGCCUUCACGUGCCGACAUUAGCUCGA